AUGAACGCAUUGCAAACAAUUGAUUGCAUCAUCGAGCACGAAUCUCGCUGUCCGCUAUGUUACAUCGAACCAAGUCAAAGUUCAGAGGUAGCUAAUAUAUUAGAAACCGACCUACAAAUCAGCUCUACUGUAGAAGAAACAUCAGAUGGUACAUCCGAAGAAACGUCGGAAGAAGAUCCCUCGCUUCGUGGAAAAGCUUCAAGAAUUACCCGUGCUCAGAGAAGAGUGGAUAAUAUAAUUCAGGAAUUGGGUAUGCCGGUUGAAGGUGUAAUGAACGAUGUUAAUGAAGAAGAACAUGACCAAACCGAAGCUACAGAAUCGGCUGGAAGUUGA